GCUUGUUGUAACCCUGUAGAAUUCUAGACUUUACCAAGAUGCAUAAUUCGAUUCAUUUUUUUGCCGGGUCAUCACAGGUUUUAGCUUGUCUGGAAUGUCCAGAUGUCAAGGUGAUCCCGGAAAACCUAGAUGGCAACCCCGGUGUGCGGGGAUCGUGAAGAUCGGGAACACGACAACAAAGGAUGUUUGUUGUCGUCAGCUUAAUUAGAUUAGCAGGGCUAAAACUAGAACCAUAGUUAGCCUCGCUAUUAAUUGGUCUAUCAGACCGCCGCCCGCCGCCUCUUCUUUAUCCGCCACCUACACUGUUCUCCAAGUCGAGCGUGUUUUUUUCUUCUUGUCCUACUGGCAACUGGCAACUGGGCAGUCAAACAAAAACGAGACUCCAAAUGCCUAGCAUGUUACUUACCUGGCUGCUGCUGCUUCUCGGCAGCUGCUUGGCGGCCGAGUUCAGGGUUCACGACAAAACCUUCAAGCCCGAUUACGUGCUGGUGGCGACGGCGCAAAACAUCACCAUCAACUGCCAGACGCGGUAUUCCAUCGUCUUUAAUGGCACCUCCCCGGGUCCGCUACUGACAUUCCACGAGAACCAGACGACAUGGGUGCGCGUAUACAACCGGAUCAAGGAUCAAAACGUCACGGUACACUGGCACGGGCUGUCCCAGCGCACCGCUCCCUUCUCCGACGGCACCCCGUUGGUCAGCCAGUGGCCCGUCGCGCCAGACAACUUUUUCGACUAUGAGAUCCGACCCGACAUUGGCAGCGCGGGUACUUACUUUUACCACAGCCACGUCGAGUUUCAGGCCGUCACGGCCCAUGGCGCCUUGAUUGUGGAGGAUGCUGUCAAGCCCCCGUACGAGUAUGACGAGGACGUUGUUGUUGGCCUGGGCGAGUACUACCCAAAGACGGACCGGCAGAUUCUCGAUGGUCUGCUGGCGAAGCCCUUCAGGUGGUCCGGCGAGCCCGAGGCCAUCCUUUUUGCCGGGCGCUCGGGUAACAAGUCCUUCACCGAGGCAUCCCACGACUCUUGCAAGCCAGACUUGAUCAAAGUCCAGCCCGACAAGACCUACCGCGUGCGCUUCAUCGGCGGUACGGCCAUGUCUCUGGUCGUCAUGGCGUUUGAGGGCCACGACAUGACCAUCAUCGAGGCGGACGGAUCCUACACCAAACCGGUCAAGACGGACAGGAUGCAGGUCGGGUCGGGCCAGCGGUACAGCAUUCUUUUGAGAACCAAAUCGGUGCAGGAGGUGGCCAGUACCAACAAGACAAGUUAUUGGAUCCAGUAUGAGACGAGGGGGCGGCCAACCAACGUGACCGGCUGGGCACUGCUGCAGUACGAGAUGCCGGGUCAGCCAGAAGCAAUGCUGCCCGCAACCCUGCCCUCCAAGCCCGUUGCUACAAUUCCCGACGACCCCAGCACUUGGAUGGAGUUUACCCUGCAGCCCUUGCAGGACAGUGUGCGUGAGCAAUUCCCAAAGCUGUCCGAGGUGACACGGACCAUAUAUAUCGACGUUAAGCAAGUGGUGGUCGACGGAGGUGUGGUCAACGGGACCGUCAAGGGUUCCAUAGAGUGGGCUCAAAACUCCCUGGUCUGGCAAGAAGAUAGUCAAGCCGCAAAGAACAGACCUCCCGUACUGGUCGGCAUCCUCACAACCGGCAUGUCUCCGUCGAUAGAAGCCGCACUCGCCAAUCAAAAUUGGGAUCCGACUACACAGACAUUCCCAGCGGCCGUGGGAGAAACCCUCGACAUUGUCUGGCAGGGAAACUCGGGGGAGCUAGGAGGAUGGGACGUCCAUCCCAUGCACGCUCACGGGACCCACUUUUGGGACCUUGGAUCCGGCAACGGUACCUAUGAUGCCCCGGCCGUCGACGCCAAAUAUUACGCCGACGGCAACUAUGUGCCCGCCGUCAGAGAUACCACCAUGCUUUACCGCUACGCGGCCAAGGGUGAGAAAAAUCAUACAGCCGGGUGGCGAGCGUGGCGCGUACGGGUGACCGAGGAUGACAUCGGUGCCUGGGUUAUGCAUUGCCAUGUCCUGCAGCAUAUGAUGAUGGGGAUGCAGACAGUGUGGGUUCUGGGCACGGCAGCUGAGAUCCUCCAAAAGUUUCCCACCAGCCCAUACGUCAAUGGCUAUCUGACCUUCGGAGGGGACGCAUAUGGAAACGCGACCUUUGACCCGCUAGUGCUGCAGCACUUUUGAUUGGAGCUGGACUGAACUCCGAAGAUGUGUACAACAACAUUAAGCCAUGGUGGCAGAAGCAUAAUUUAGCGUAGAGAGAAUCGGCGAAUCAGAGACAAUUACCGAUGUGGCUUGCACCAGUAUGGAUGGCGUUGUGAUUCAGUUUGCACCGUAGUUGGGCCGUGCCA